AUGGCGCUCAACCUCGAAAAGCAGUUUACCUUUUAUGGUGCCUACCACCAUAAUCCAGCCACAAACACAGGGCCCCUCAUCUCUCUCCCGGACUCCUUAUCCAUCAAAACCUUCCCCCCAAACCUCGGAACCAUGGCCUGUCUCCUCUACACAACCCUCUACAUCCUCAUGGAGCCCGUAGCUGGCACCCUUCUUGCCCCGCUACUGGUCAGUGGCACCGUUUUCGUCAACCACCUCACAGUCACCUACGGUUCCAUAGCGACAUAUUGGGGUCUAGGCAUCCAGGCAGUCGCGUGGGUAGCGCAGUUUGUCGGGCAUGGCGCGUUCGAAAAGAGAGCGCCCGCGUUGCUGGAUAAUUUGAUGCAAGCGUUUUUCUUCGCGCCGUUCUUUGUGUGGCUUGAAAUGCUGUUUUCGCUUGGGUACCGGCCGCAGCUAAAGGCGAGGAUUAAUCGUGCGGUUCUGAAGGAGAUUGCGAAGUUUAAGGAGGCGAAAGGGAAGAAUUAG